GACAGACAGACGUCGCUCGUGGAGUCUCAGAGGGGUUUUUUCCUUUUGUUUUUUCCAACAUGGCAGGAAACGACAAACAGGAUUUGGUCCAUCAAAACGCGAUUCACGUCGAGACGAUACGGAAAGAGCAGAGACACCGGAAACUUCACACGGAGUUCAGCAUCAAUCCGCACAGGAAAUUACAUGUCCUGCCAGACAAACCCAUGUCCAGGAAAUCGACUGAAGUGAUUGCGGAGAACUCGGGCUUCAUCGAGGCCUUCCACAAGGCCCGCCAGGAACCCACCAGGAAAUACCCCGUGCCACUGACCGAGAGUCAGGAGAUAGGAUGGGUGUCAGCGCCACUGAUUCCGUUGAGCCGCAAUGACGAGAGAUUCAACUUCUACCGGUUCAGCACAGACGUCACCAAACACAAAGAAUCUGCCCUGCGAUCAUCGAAUUAGAAUGGAGAUCUCCAUAAAGUGA